AUGCUGGCUGCCAGUCUCUCUCUCGCGGCUCUCGUGCUAGGCGCAGCUGCCAGCAGCCACCAUGGUUCAUCUUCCCAAUAUGACUUUGUCAUUAUUGGCGGAGGCACCAGUGGAUUGGUUGUGGCCAACAGGCUUUCAGAAAUGAAAAAUUUCACUGUUGCUGUCAUCGAAGCCGGAGAUUCAGUACUCAACAAUGUCAAUGUCACCGAUGUCAUGGGCUAUAGUCUCGCUUUUGGGACCGAAAUCGACUGGGCCUAUGAGACCGCCAAUCAGUCAUAUGCUGGCGGACUGAAGCAGACAAUCCGUGCCGGGAAGGCUAUCGGUGGUACAAGCACGAUUAACGGAAUGUCCUACACCCGAGCCGAAGACGCGCAAAUUGACAACUGGGAACGGGUUGGGAAUAAGGGAUGGGGCUGGAAGAGCCUUCUCCCGUACUAUAAAAAGUCCGAGGAAUUCCAGACUCCUACCCAGGACCAAGCUUCCCAUGGAGCUAGUUACGCUGCCAAAUUUCACGGCCGGAACGGCCCUCUCAAGGUUGGGUGGCCGACAUCAAUGACCAAUAGCAGCGUUUUCUCUGUCCUGAAUGAAACAAUGAAUGAGCUCGGCGUGGGAUACAACCCUGAUGCAAACAGUGGCAAGAUGACCGGGUUUACUUCUCAUCCUGAUACAAUUGACAGAGAAAGAAAUGUCCGUGAAGAUGCUGCGAGAGCCUACUACUGGCCCUACGAGAGUCGUUCGAACCUCAAAAUCAUUUCCAACACGCGUGCAAAUAAGAUUAUCUGGGCAAACACUACUGGCGAGGCUGCUGCUAUUGGAGUGGAGUGUUCUACUGUCUAUGGAGUGGAGAGAGUUUAUGCUUCUAAAGAGGUUAUUGUGUCGGCCGGUUCACUCAAAACACCACAGCUUCUUGAGCUUUCAGGUAUCGGAAACCCAGCCAUCCUCGACAAGUAUAAUAUCUCUACAAAGGUUGCCCUCCCAACUGUGGGUGAGAACCUCCAGGAUCAGACCAACAACGGUCUUACCUGGGAAUCAACCGAAAGUUUGACAGGCCUUGCAUCUUUCUCCGCCUUGAUUUCAGUUGAUCAAGUCUAUGGCGACAAUGUGUCGGCCGUGGAGUCACGAAUCGACAAUGACUUGACUCGUUAUGCGAAGGCGUUGUCAAAGAAAUCGAAUGGUGCAGUGAAAGAGUCUAACCUUUUGGAUGCCUUGAAGACUCAACGGGAUUUAAUCUUCAAGUCACUCGUCCCUUACGCAGAAGUUGUCUUCGCUCCUAGCGGGCAACUCUUUAUAUGUGAAUACUGGCCGCUUCAACCGUUCUGA